AUGGGCGACAAGUUCGCUGCACCUCCAGGUUUUACUGCUUGGGGACCAUUUGUCCGCGACAAUUAUACUCCCAUACUUGUGACCCGCACCGAUAUAGCCUUAGCAGCUGCAGCGUUUGGUCUGGCCAACUUCUUCGCCAUAACCGCAGCUUUCAUCGGCGUUAGACAGACAAAAUCAUGUCGGCGCCCAGGGACUAGCGCAUAUAUCUGGAUGAUCUGGCUGGAGAUUGCUGCUUCAGUGGCUAUCUCUAUCGAGUGUCUGUUAUGGGUUCAUAUCAAUGCCAUCUGGGACCGCACCGAAAAAGUGCUGUUUCUUCUCCUCGACGCGUAUCUUAAUUGGUACUUCAUCCGCGUUGUAAAUGCGGAUCUGGUCAAGAAUGGCCUGACCAAGUACAACCGCUUGGUCCGUUUUAACAAGCGUAUCAUCGUUGUCUCUCUCCUGCUAGACGUUAUGAUCAUUGGUGCGAUGAGUAUCCCCAACGGAUUUGUCUACGCUAUGUUUCACCCGCUCGCAUACUUAGUCAAGCUCAACAUCGAGAUGUCUAUGGCGCAUCUCAUCAAAACCAUCGCCUUAGGCCAUCCGCACCCUAACAAUGACCCUUCACUACUAUUGACCUUCUCAUCUUCACCUGGCGAAGACAUGUUCAGCACCAACAUCUUUGCAGAAGCGCCACGGCAACGACAUUCGCUCAUCCGGGGUCUGUUUGGUAGCGAGCAUAUCGUCUUUUCGCAAGAAGAUGUUCGCACCAGGGUUCCUGGACAUAGUUCUACACGCAGUGCAUCAAUACCUGACUACGAACUGCCGCCUUGGAAAUCUAAAGCCGACAAGGAACCCGACAACGUCGCUAGCGAUAACCUCAGUGCUAGUGAAGGCAGGAAAAGUAGCAAUGCCUGUGAAAAUUGCUGGCGCUGGGACAGUGGCGUCUCAAGCAACACUAGAAAUCUGGAAGGAUUAGAUGAUGUCUCCACGCCAGAGGCCGCUCACCUACCUGCUCAUCGUCGUAUGUCAGAGUUAGGCUGA